AUGCGCGACGGCGACCUCGCCGCAAAGAAAGCCUCACUCUCAAAGGCCCUCUCGGCGGCCUACCUCGAGCACCAGAUUGCCGACCUCGAGUCCAAGGUCAACGCUGUUGGCAUGAACAGUGAUGUCCGCACCCCCGUGACACACGCCUGGCCGCGCUCGCCGGGUGCCAACCGCGUCCCGGCGUCGCCUGCCUUUCCCCCACUCCCAAGUCCUGGCCUCGGACCCCGCUCGCCCGGCUUUCCGCAUGCCCAGCCGCUUCGCGGCGGCCCUCCCCGUGCACGCCCCGGUCCUCCAGGCCCAUCGCCUCGCGGCCCUCCUGGUCCUCCCCCUUGCGGACCGCCUCCCGCGCACCCUCUUUCUCCAGUCGCCCUUCGGUCUCCUGUGGCUCCCCGCGCCCCCUCCUCCGCUGGCACGCGCGACCUCGUCGACUCGGGCUCGCCGCGCAUCGAUGACUCGGACGAGGGUGAGGACGCCUGGCGCGUCUCGGUCCUCGACGUCUCUGCACUCAUGUGGGCGCCUCGCGCCGUUCGCACCCUCCUUCAACGCGGAGGCGAAGUUAUCGUUCCCCUCGAUGCCAUCACCACCCUCGAUAUGCUGAAGAAGGGUCCCUCAGCUGCAGCUGUCGCGGCCCGCGCCGCGGCCCGCUUCGUCGAACACGCCUCGCGGCAGCACGGCCUCGUCUCGGUCGAUCCCAGCCUCACCGUCCAGGCCGGCACAAACUACAAGCGCGGCCGUGGUCUCCGCCUGCAGGGCGAGGACGAGGACCUCCCACCUCCCGCAGGCGUCGAAGCCCCACCACGCUGGGUCGCCCGCGUGCUUGGUUGUGCGGCGUAUUUCCGUCGAAUCAACAACACCGAGGGCGCGGAUGAAAUGGCGCCCGCAGUCCUUAUCGCCCAUCCCCCGCUUAGUGCCGAGGUAGGCCCGCCGCCGGUCGACGAGCGCCGCACAGCCCCAGAGAACACAGUCAACUACGCCGACAGGGCGGAGGGAUAUACACUCUCUCUGGAGGCAGAACGCUUCGAACUCCGCCUCGAGGUCCUGCGCGACGAGGAAGGCGACGACGAGCCCCCCAAGCGCCGCCGUGGUGAUCGGCGUCGUGGUAGAGGGCGCGGUCGCGGCGGCGGACCACCCGAGCCAGAGCAGGUACGUAUCCUCCUCCGCCGUCCCGAGCCGGAGGAGCCCGACUUUGCUUCGCCUCCGGGAAUGGCGCCGCCUCCGCCCAUGCCCCCCUCUCUUGGCCACCCGCAUGCGCCACCUCCUCCGCCGGGCCGCCCACUUGGCCCACCUCCACAUUCCUCCCACCCGCAUGUCCCGCAUUCGCCGGUCGGCAACCACUUUGCACCACUCGAGGGACGCGGACGCGGUCGUGGUCGCGGGCGCGGUGGUCGUGGUCGCGACCGCGGAGGCGGCUUUACCCUCCUCCAACGUCCUGGACCGGCGCUAGUGCACCAUGUCCGCGACGCAGAGGAGAAGAAGGACAAGUCGCGCCGCGACCGCGACCGGCGCGACGGCCAAGCUCAAACCCAAACCCAGGGCCAGCCCCAGGGCCAGCGUGAGCGUGAGGGAGAGAGGCGCGGCGAGUUCGGCUGGCGCCGCGCCUACGCGUCCAACGACGACCCCCCGCCAUCGAAACCAAAGGUCGUGCUCCUCCAACGCCCAGGCCCGCGCUAG